GCUUUCGCCGUUGCCGCCUGGCAGGAGAACUGACACAGAGUAGAAACGGAAUAGAUUCUGCGGCCUCACGGUCAUAUUAUUCAGGAGACGGAGCUGAAUAUUUACCGUAUUCUUAGCUUCGCACUGACCGACCUUAGCCUUAUGUGAACGCCCUACUUUGUCGUCGGGAUACUGCCAGCGAGGGCCAAGGAACAAAAUAGCAUAUCGCCAUUAUAUGACCCAGUAUCCAGUGUUACUUUUACCCUCCAUGUGGGUGAGGGAACUGUGUGUGUCAGAUUAUGGCGAGAAAAACAGUUAGCAGGAAAAGGAAGGCAGGAGAGCCGAAGGACCAACAACAGCUGAGCUGGUGUCAAGCGCCACACAAGCGGACCCGUGUUUCUUCUUCAUCGCGGCAUGCCCAGCAGUGGUGGAGCAGUGGGAGCUCUGUUGUGUGUGCUCUCCGUGGACGGGAGUUCAGACCCCAGCAGCAGCAUGAGUUGAGGCUCCAACGGAGCCUGCGUGGCUUCGCAGCCGCCAGGCUCCCUGGGAUCCUCAAGGAGAGGGAGUUUUCUCUGGGACGACUGAACAAGGUGUUUGCGUCGCAAUGGCUCAACCAUAGGCAGGUGGUGUGUGGAACCAAAUGCAACACGCUUUUUGUCGUUGAUGUCCUGACAGGACAAAUAACACGCAUUCCAAUGCUGAAGGACAGGGAGUGUCAUGAUGCUAGCUCUGGGACGGUUGGCACUAUGACAGCAGGACGGUACUAUCUCCCAACAGGGGGGCCCAAUGCCCGGUUGGACCAGCAGGGUUGUGGCAUACAUGCAAUUGAACUCAACCCCUCGAAAACUCUGCUUGCCACUGGAGGAGAUAACCCCAAUAGCUUAGCCAUCUACCAGUUGCCAACACUGGACCCUGUUUGUGUUGGAGAUGAUGGUCACAAUGACUGGAUUUUCUCCAUAGCAUGGAUCAGUGACACCAUGGCUGUCUCUGGGUCCAGAGACGGCUCCAUGGGUCUGUGGGAGAUCACAGAGGAAGCAAUCGGUCAGGCUGAGAGGACUCCGAGUGAUGACACAGUUCCUUCUUACGCGCACAUCUCCCACCGUGACCUGAAGGACAUUCCCAAGGAGUAUACCAACCCAUACAACUGUAAAGUUCGUGCUCUGGCCUUCAACAACAACCAUAAAGAGCUAGGCGCUGUGUCCUUGGAUGGUUAUUUUCACCUCUGGAAAGCAGAGCAUAGCUUGUGCAAGAUACUGUCCACCAAGCUGCCUCACUGCAAAGAGAAUGUGUGUUUAGCAUAUGGACAGGACUGGUCCUUGUACGCUGUGGGUUCUCAGGCCCAUGUUUCCUUUCUGGAUCCACGCAAGCCUACCACCCACAUCAAGUCUGUUUUUUCUAGAGAGAGAGGAAGUGGGAUCCGAUCUGUGAGUUUCUAUGAGCACAUCGUGACUGUUGGUACCGGUCAGGGUUCUCUUCUCUUCUACGACAUCCGGGCUCAUAGGUUCCUGGAGAACCAUUUUAAUCCAUCCAGCGGAUGUCGGAAGUGUCCCGGAGAUGGCAUCCUUAAGCUAUCCACAGGGAAAGGCUGGCUGAAUCACGAUGAAACAUGGAGGAGUUACUUCUCAGACAUUCAUUCCUUCCCCAACGCUGUGUACUCCCACUGUUAUGACGACUCCGGUACCAAGCUGUUCGUAGCCGGUGGUCCGCUCUGCUCUGGCCUGCAUGGAAACUACGCAGGACUGUGGAGCUAGCCUCUUCCUCUCCUCCUCCCACCAGCUCCUUCACUACAUCUUCAUGAUUCACAGACAUCCCUCCAUCUCACUCCCCUCAAGUUCAUCCGCAUCACUUUCAUUGGUAUCCGUCUUGAUCAACAGAUUAUCGGUUCUGCUCACAUUUGGACUCAGGAGCAUGAUGUUUCAUAACUUAAUAUUGUUGCUGUGUAGAUUUGUGUCCACUUUUAUGUUGCUCGUCUUCCCCAAAUGAUCCCUCCUCCCAUUUUAUCUUUUUCCUCUCUUUUUAUAUAUAUAGAUAUGUAUAUAAAAAAUGUACAAUUACCUAAUAAUUUAAAGAGCUACAAAGUCUGCCACUGAGAAACUCAGUUUUGGAAAACAUUAGGAAUAAAAGUUCUCAUGUUAGCAUCAUUUAUACAUUCACAUCCAACCUGCAGGGAUUACGCUGUGGUCAUUUGCUCGCUUAUUUUUGUACUCAAGGAUAGUGUUAACUGCUGCUUUCUCUGUGAUAAAUGAGUGUCUUUGUUAAAAAAAAAGAAGAAAAAAACACAUAGAAUUCACACAUAAUGGUUUGUCUUCAUUCUUUCGCAUAAAUGGACAGCAAUAAUGACAGAAGGACUAAAGAUGCCAUUUAUGUAGAUGGACCUUAAGGGGGAGUGCGUUUUGACAUCUGAGAAUGAUCAACAAUCGUGAAGAAACUCUUCCCUCUGCUCUCACAAGUACAACAAAGAAACGGAUCAAGCGAGUUAGUUUUUUUUUUUGUCUUACCUUCACUGAGACGAUGUAAAGGAGAAAAAAAUGCUAUAAUUGAUAACUGCAGUGUUGAUGCUCUGCUGUCACACAAUAUUGGAAUCCAGAAUGAUUUAAUUUACUUUAUCUGUAUUUAUUUCAUCCCGCUUACCUUGUCGACUUCAUUUAGCCGGUCAGGAUUGAUUAUCUGCUUCUUCUAAGGGAUGAUAACUUUGAUAACAUGAAAUAUCAUCAGAUAUGAUGAUCAUCAGAAACAGAGGAGAUGAUCUGUAGUAGCUCAGUUUCUCAGAAGUAAUGCAAAACAAGCUUAUAAUGUUUGGACUUCUCCUUAAACGGAUUGUAAGUUCUCCGGGCACACACCUUUCUUUUCAUAGCCAAAAGCAGUGAGUGGCUGUGCUUCCCCUUGUAUGUAGAAUCAGGGUAGACUUCAGCUACGUCUUUGCCUUCCUCAAGUCUUUCUGUGAAAGACUGCCACAGAACUUUAAUUAUUGGUUUCUUUUUCUACAUGAAACAAAACAACUCUGACCAAGUAUCGACUAAACAACCAACACUUUAAAGUGUGUUUUAUAAAUAUAAAUGUGUAUAUGUGCGUCCGUAAAAUGCAUUUAGAACAGUUGCCUAUGUUUUCUGUGUACGUCUGAGAAAUUGUGUGGAUCGAUCCGUCUCCUGUUUCUUUUUUAUACAAGCCUUGUGAAUCUUUUUACAAAUGAUUGAAACAGGAUGUUGUAAGAUAUAAAAACUUGGGGAUAGAAAAUCUUAAUUCUUUAAAAAGGAGUAAAUAAUACAAUAAAAUGUAUAUUAAUGUA